AUGCUGCGCAAUUUCAUUAAUCAGGGCGGCACUGGUACCACUGCCGUUGGCGGGGCCGGCACUGGCUACGGCAACACCAACCCCAUGACUGCCGGCGGCGCGGGCACUGGCUAUGGCAACACUGACCCCAUGGCUGCCGGCGGUGCUGGCUACAACACCAACCCGGUGGGCGGUGGUGUUGCUGGCGCUGGCGGCGCUGGCUACGGCAACACUGACCCGAUGGCUGCCGGUGGUGCUGGCUAUGGCAACACUGGUGCCAUGGGCACGGGCCCCACCUCUGGCGGCAUCAUGAGCGGCCACCACCACCACCAUGCUGGCCAGCAGGCUGGCACCGGCUUGGGCGGGGGCAUGGGUGGCGGUAUGGGCGGGACCACCGCCGGGGUGGGUCCUGUGCACCAGCAGGAGAUGCGGCACGACCGGGAGCCUGGCCUGAAGGGCGCUGCGGCGCGUGCUGCUGAGAAAAUCGAGAUGGGUAUGGAGCGUGCCACUGCCAAGAUCAAGGGCCAGCCCGCGCCAAACCAGCAGGGCCACCACCUGGGCCACCACCGUGGCGCCAACAUCUGA